UCAGUGAUGGAGGGAGAUUCUGUCACCCUACACAUUAAUAUUCGUCAUAUACCAAGAUAUUAUAUGCGUUAUAUAGAGUGGUUUGGGCCUGAAAAUAACCAUUUAGUUAGAGUCAUUCGGCUUGAAAAGAAGACGGAUGAAAUUAUAUAUCAUGAAGAUGACAUGUUCAGCGACAGACUACAGAUCGACAAUCAGACUGGAUCUUUGACCAUCAGGAACAUCAGAACCACAGACUCUGGACUUUAUCGAAUGAACAGUCAUGUCUCAAGAGAAUUAUUCAAUGUUACUGUUUAUGCUCGCCUUCCCAUUCCUGUCAUCACCAGAGAUUCUUCAUGUUCUUCAUCAUCAUCAGGAUCAUCAUCAGUGUUCAAAUGUGUCCUUCUGUGUUCCGUGUUCAAAGUGAGUCAUGUGACUCUCUCCUGGUACAAAGGAAACAGUUUAUUGUCCAGCAUCAGUGUGUCUGAUCUCAGCAGCAGCAUCUCUCUACACCUGGAGGUGGAAAAUCAGGAUAACAACACCUACAGCUGUGUGAUCAACAAUUCAUUCAUUGACCAGACUGAACAUCUGGACAUCAGUCAACUCUGUCAGACAUAUGCAGACCACAUACACUGUUACAGUUUUUCUGAAACUGUGAUUCGAUUGGUCAUCUCUGCUGUGGUGGGCGUGGCUACUGUUGCUAUAGUGGUUUAUGACAUCAGAUCCAGAAGAGCUGAAAAGAAGUGAAGAACAUCACAGUCAGUCUCUGAAUGAUGAUCCGUAUACGUUUUCACAUCUCAGGAUUCCAAAAUGUUCUAAAUGAUUCCUUAGCAAAUUGAUCUGAAUCAAAAUGAUCCUUAUCCAUUAAAUAACCAGAAAAGUCAUUGAAAUCCAUCUGUCAAGAAGAGCGGGAACCCUGUUAGAUGCCGAAGUCUUAAUCAGCUUUUGCACUGCAAAUUGUGAUUUCUUUUUUUCAUAUAAAGAAUAUUGCGUUGCACAUCUCUCUUCUUCAAAGACAAUUGAAGUCUAAAGCAUGGUCUUGAAUAAUAUUAAAGAAUAUUAAAGAUUCAUGUUGUAAUUGGCUUGUUCAGUGAGGGCUGAAUGGAGCCAGUUUGAACUGAACAUCAGGAGCUGAAGGUUGUUUCUUUGAAUCCCAGUAGAUUGUUGAAGGGUUUCCUGGAGAUCAUUUUACAAUCUCAAAUGCUAUAAAUAAGCUAUAUGUAAAAAAAUCUGUAUUAGUGUGAAUGAAAAAUAAAAAAUAUGAAUCAGUCCAGGUGGAGUACACUUUUUACCAGCUCUACAGGAAGCUGGGACAAGUGGCAAAAAUGUUUAGUUUGCGUGAAAUGCAGU